AUGGCGUCUUUCUUGAGCAAGUCCUUUGGCCACAAAGGCUACGCAGCUUUUCGACCCACCUACCCUGCCGAACUGUACAAAGCAGUCCUAUCCUUCCACAACGCCUCUCCAGAUGCCGAGCGCACGCUGGCUCUAGACCUUGGCACCGGCCACGGUCUGGUAGCCCGCGAGUUGUCCCCUCACUUUAGCCGUGUGAUCGGCACCGAUCCUUCAGCGGGGAUGAUCGCCCAAGCCCGUGAAUUGUCAACGGGUCCCGCUGCCAAGUAUCCCAACGUCAGCUUCCAUCAAGCUGCAGCAGAGUCUUCCCCAUUUGUGUUUGACCGACGAGUUAACCUCGUGACUGCCGCGCAGGCGUCUCAUUGGUUCAACUACCCGAAGCUAUGGCCUGAGCUAGCGCGCAUUAUGCAGCCCGGGGGUACGUUGGCAUUUUGGGGGUACAAGGACCACGUUUUGGUGUCGCAUCCCAAAGCGAGUGAGAUCAUCGAGCACUUUGCCUACCAGAAAGAUCCAACACUUCUGGGAAGCUACUGGCAGCAGCCUGGACGACGCAUUGUGCAGGAGAAGCUGCGAGCUGUGGGUAUCGGCAGUGGCAAGGGCACACGCUUCAUGAGUGCCCGUAUGACUCUAGGCGCAAUGGAGGAGUACAUGCGCACGUGGAGCUCCUUCCACAAGUGGCAGCAGCACUUCCCGGACCAGAAGCGUCGUGCAGAGGAUGGAAGUGGUGAUGGCGAUGUGAUCGACCGGAUGAUGGAUGCUAUUCGGGAAGCUGAGCCUGCAUUACGGGGAGAGGGAUCCCAAAAUAGCGUGAAUUGGAAAGCCAUUGAGGUUGAUGUGGAAUGGGGCAGUGCUUUGGUCCUAGCCCGCAAACGGGCAUAG